CUUCCUAUUGGCUGGAGCGCCACGGCUCCGGAGCGGCUGAGUGAACUUAUCCUGUCUUUCCAAGAAAUUCCUUCAGGUAGCCAUUCCAUAUUAAAGAGCAAUUGGAAAAGUCCGCCCCAUCUGUUUCUACUGGACAAAGCCACGCCUGGUCGUCUUCACGUCCACCUCAUGUGGCAGCUGCAGUGUUAUUUGAUCUUGGGAUCAUGGCAACCGAAAAUGACCAAGCCGUGCUGAGGAGCAUCUUCAACCCCGAUUGCCCGUUCGGAGACGAUCUUGGGGAGACGUGCGAACCGCUCAGAGACGAGGACAGCAGCUUUGACCCUGAAGUCCUGCGACGUGUCCAUGAUCUGGAAGUACGAGGCGUGAAGGCAGCAGAGUCCGGAGAUCUACACUCGGCACUGCUGCUCUUCAGUGAAGCCAUUGAAAUCCUACCAGACUGGGCAUCGGCGUACAACAACCGUGCCCAGGCCCGGCGGCUGGAUGGCGACACAGCUGGAGCUCUGGAGGACCUGGAGUGUGCCAUAGCUCUGAGUGGUGGCACUGGCCUGACGGGCUGCCAGGCCCUGGUGCAGAGAGGACUGCUGCACAAACUGCUCCACGAGGAGGAUGCUGCACUGUGUGACUUCCAGAGAGCAGCGAGACUGGGCAGCUCAUUUGCACGCCAGCAGGCUUUGCUUCUGAACCCAUACGCUGCUCUGUGCAACAACAUGCUGAGCCAGGUUUUCCACAAGCUGCGUAACCCUCAGGCCCCCGAAAAAGCUUAGGGGGGUUCAACUAAAAUCUAGGUGCAGAAACAGUAAGUGUGCUUGUAAUAAAGGAAAUCGUUUCUUCUG